GGUAUGUCACACGCUCUAUAGCUAGUGUACUACAUUUUGAGGUCAUGAGUGGCAAGAGCAAGCAACAGAGAACUAAGGGCAACGUAAAGCCUGCCAGCAGUGCAAGGACAGCAGAACUGCUCGCAUCAUCGUCAGCGUCAUCAUCUCUGUCCGGUGUCGGUGGUCUGGCAGGAACGACUUUAUUCGGUUUCAGUCCGGCUGUUGUUGGGCUGGCAGACCAGACAGACGAAGUUGAUAGUGAAGUGAACUCUGAGAUCUCGCUGAUUCUAAAGAAAUUGAGCAAACGAGACACAGCAACUAAACUCAAGGCGUUGCAAGAGCUGAGACAACUGUGUCAGUCUCUAAGUUCUGAUGAUGUGAUAAAGGCAUUGUCAUACUGGCCUCGAUUAUUUAAUAAAUUAGCUAUUGAUGUCGAGAGACGAGUUAGAGAGGCUACCCACUGUGCUCAUGAACAAAUAUGCAUUAAAGCCGGUCGACAACUAGCUGUGCAUCUUCGAGUCAUCAUGCCCUGUUGGUUGUGUACUAUGAACGAUCCACAUCUACUUGCAGCAAAGGCAUCACAAGCAGCAUUUACUGCAACUCUAACAAGUGACAGCAAGAGAGCGGAUGCCUUGGUCUACUGUAAAGAUGCUAUAUUUAAUUACAUAUCUGAGAAUUUGUUUGAACACACACCAUCGACUCUCAGCGAUCCAAAGAGCACUACACCCGAGGAGAUGCAGGGGAAAUACGAUCGAAUGGUUGCCACGUCAUUAUUGGCCGUUAGCUAUCUGUUACAGCAUCUUCCAACAGAUAAGAAGGCAGGAGUCCAUAGUCAAAUUGAUGCUCUCUUUGUUCAGCCAAAGCUGUGGAAGUAUAGCAAGAGCAAAGUGCCAUCAGUUCGUGUGGCUGUUUAUAGAAUGAUUGCAGCUGCAUGUCAGCAUGUUCCAUCGGUUGUUGCUUCUCAUGCCAAGGCUUUGUGCCCUGUGGCUUUGAUGGCUGUGGGAGAAACAGAGCGGGCAGCAUGUGCAGCAGCUUGGGAGGCUGCGCUGCAUGUGAUGACAAAGACUGAGUCAAUUAAACUUUACAGAACACAGAAUUGCAACAUUUGUAUGCACACAUUAAUUGAUAUUAUUGAUUCUCUAAAUCAAGAGCUAUCUGUAAAGAGGGCAUUCUGUGUGAGUGAUUGUAUUGGUGUGGUUGUCAUGGACUGUUGGUGCCAUGUCAAUAUUCGAAAAGCGGUGCUACCGAGGGUUUGGUCAGCAAUGGUUAAUGGUGCAGCAAGUGCUUCUGAUCUAAUCUAUCCUAACUUGCUACCUCUUCUUGGGCAGUUACCAGAAGAAAUUUUAUCUGAUGGAAGAUUUUUUGUUGACUUCUUUUCCAAAGUGAGAAGAGGGUGA